AUGAACCCUUUGAUUUGGGGUUCACAAUGCACAGCUUCCAUUUCAUUGCCCGCAGGACUUUGGUGGGGAGAGCAUCACCGAGGGAACCAUCAUGGAGUGGCAGAUGCUUGGCCUCAAGACAUAUGGCCUAGUGAUGGACCUUUUAAUGGUGUUCGAGAAGGCCCAUCGGCAUUGGUGAAACAUGGUGAAGCCCAACCACGGGGAGGUCAAACAUUCGUGGUUUGUUUGAGUGAUCGGAGCAUCUCACAAGUGGUGAUAUCAUCCUUUCUGAUCAAUAUUUCAUUGGAUUUCCAGGUUCCGCCCAAAUCCACCCGGUUCCACGCCUCUCGCGAAAUCCGCUCGUUUCUCUCUCUCUUCCGCGUGCCUACAGGGUUCGUGCCCACCCUCCCCGCGAAGGACCGAUAUCUCCGGAGUCAUCACCGCGGUGAAAUCAACACGUCUCUGUGCGCCAAACCGAUCUCUUUUCGCCGCCGGUGGGCCGCCGGAGGGCCGCGACUCCGGCGUCGCGUUCCGGCGUCGCGGUCGCGUUCGCUGAGGAAGAAAGUGGGGGACUUCUGUGCCAAGGACGAGAUUUUGGCACUCAUCGAGACCGACAAAGUCACCAUCGAGGUGAAAGCGCCUGAGAACGGAGUGCUUGAGAAGAUCUUGGCGGAGGCCGAGGCCACGGUGGAGAAGAAUCAACUCUUGGCCACCUUUACGCCUGGCGGAGAGCCACCGAAGUCAGCCGCGGCGCCCGCCGCGGCACCCGCAGCACCUGCUGCGGCGGCGGCAGCGCCGACACCGGCGGCGCCCGCCGCAGCGGCGCCAACACCUGCCGCGGCAGCAGCUGCCCCAGCAGCACCGAAGGCUGGCGGGACGCCACGCGGGACGCGACGCGACGCCGGUGCGAUGGUGUUUUGCAACACCUCGGCCCUGGCGGCGAUCACGCUGAUCAUCCAUUGCCGACAAAGCCCGGAGGUCUGCGAAUUGCGGCUUCCCCUUCUGAUGGAAUACUCUGCUUAUUUCAAGAAGACCGUGAUUUUGCUGGGCCAAGACUCCAAUUGGCUGCCUCAAGCCGUGUUCUGCCCUCAGGCGGCUGGAGAUCCCUACUCGUGCAUCGCAGAAGAGAUUUCGCGGUCCAACGAUUCGGAUGGAAUUCUCUACAUGCAGUUUGACGUGAGCAUCUCUCCCUGUGAGAUGGCUCGACGCUUGGAGCCCGGCAAGGUGGGCACCUUUGAGAGCUUGUCCGAGAUGUACAUCUCCUUCGCUCACUUCGACCGAUGCAACACCGAUAUGAAGCUGCGCUGUCUUUGGUAUUACUGGGAUACCAAGAAGAAUGAGACCCGGAAUCGGAUCUCGAGAUCUGUGAAGGCCAUGAGACAAAUGACAGGACUGGGAAACUUGUCCAUCCUGGCGAAGCUGGAUACGGGGAUUUGGCGCCUUGUGUCAGAUCUCUUCUACGUCCCAAAGGCCGUCUUUCCCAUCUACGUCGCCUUCGCAAAGGCCUUCCAAGAGAAUGAUGUCUUUCACGAGAUGGCCUCUCCCACACUAUUGGCGACCUCUGCGGCCAUCGCCAAUGUGGGAAGCCAGAACUUUGGCUGUCGAGGCACCUGUUGCUCAUUGGUGGGACGCUCUGAGAUCUUAUCCAAAGGCUUCCUGUGUGGACACAAGGUGGACUACCGCGACCCGGACGUCCUCAAGGCCGUGCAGCUCCUCGCCACGCAGGAGCCGCGACCGGUGCGCUCCGUCGAUGCGCUCGGGCCAAGAGUCUUUGAGGCUCCUUGUGACAUGACAUCCUUACAAGAUGUGACUCUGAUCAUCCACUGCCCCCAGCAGCAGCUCUGCUACAAGAGGCGUUCGAUGCUACAGGAAUACUUCUUCUAUUUCAAGCGGGUUGUCUUUUUGAUGAGAUACGAGAUGUGGACGCUGGCACACACAUGUUCCGGAGAAGCUUACGCUUGCGUGGCUGAAGAGAUCCUUCAGAGCGAGAGUGUUUUGGUCCCAGGAAUUCUGUACAUGAACUUUGAUGUGGGGAUCUCUCCUUGUGAGAUGGCAAGGCACUUGAAUGUGACUAAGAUUGGCACCUUUCAGGAGCUACCCAAGAAGUACAUGACCUUCCAAGAGUUGGAUCAAUGCACUUUGAAUCGAUCGGGGUGUAUGUGGGAUGCUUGGCAGGUGAGCCACAGCAAAGCACAGAUCCUCAAUGUCACGGGACGUUUGGACACACUCCUUGACCGCGCGCCGGGCCUUGGCUCAGCCGGGCCGGUUGAGAAGACAAAGGCACUGCUGCAACGGAUGGCCUUUCAACGCUUGAAAGAGGGCACGUGGAUCGGCUUCAGUGGGCUCUAUUACCUUCCGAAGCAGGUCUUUCCUGUAUUUCAAGAUUUGGCUGCUGCCUUCAAGAAGGAGAAUGUGUCCAAUGAGAUAGCAUCUCCCAGUUUGCUGGCCUUGUCAUCGAUCAUCUCCCAGGUGGACCUUCAAAGCUUCAACUGCAACAAUGACCCCGCUCAUCUUGGUGAGCGACAAGUGGUCUCCAAGGGCUUCAGAUGCGGACGUGGCUUGGAAAGCGAUGCGAGAACGAUGAGGGGCCCCAUGAAAGGCUUGGAGGAUUUGCUGGCUCACCCAUCGAAGUAUUCGAUGCCCAAGAAGAAGCCCUCCAUGGCUUUCUGUCGCACUUCCAGCUUGGCAGAGGUCACCUUGGUCAUCCAUUGCCGGCAGGAGCCGCAGAUCUGCCGCUUGCGGCUUCCUCUUCUUUUAGAAUACUCUGCUUACUUCAAGAAGACUGUGGUCUUGCUAGAAAAGGAUCCUCGCUGGUUGCCGGGCGCCCUGCAUUGCGAUCGCCAAGGAGAUCCCUACUGGUGCAUCGCAGAAGAGAUUCCUCGGUCCAAAGAUUCCAGUGGAAUCCUCUACAUGCAGUUCGAUGUGGGCAUGUCUCCAUGUGAGAUGGCUCAACAUUUGGAUGCGGGCGCUGUGGGCACUUUCGAGACCUUGUCUGACAAAUACCUCACCUUUGCCAAGCUGGAUGAGUGCAACACUAAGAUGAAGCUGCGGUGUUUGUGGCACCAUUGGGACAUGAGGGGGAACUCCACCAGGAACAGGCUGCUCAAAACUGCCAAGGCAUUGAAUGACAUUGCGGCGCAACUGAGAUUAGUAAACACAUCAAUUCUUCAGAAGCUGGAAACUGGAAUUUGGCGCGCUGUGUCAGAUUUUUUGUACUUGCCAAAGCAAGCCUUUCCUGUUUAUGCAGCCUUUGCCAAAGCCUUCAAAGAGAACAACAUCUUUCACGAGCUGGCCUCGCCGACCCUGCUGAUGACCUCCGCCAGCAUCUCCCACGUGCCGCUGCAGAACUUCCGCUGCCGCGGCUCGUGCUGCGCGCGCGUCGCCAAGGAUCAGAUCGUCUCCAAAGGCUUUCUUUGUGGACACAAGGUGGAGUUGCAGGACGACUGUGACCGGACGGCGCUCCAACUCUUAGCCACGCAGGAGCCACGAGCUCUCAGUACCGUCAAUGCGAAUGCGCCACCGGAAUUUGCUCCUGCUUGCGACAUGGCGGCGCUGCAAAAUGUGACAUUGAUCAUCCACUGCACUCAGCAAGAGCUUUGCUACGAGAGGCGUUUGUUGCUACAGGAAUACUUCCUCUAUUUCAGACAAGUGAUCUUUCUAAUGAAAAAAGGCCUUCCAUGGACUUUGGCGCGCACUUGUGCUGGUGAAGCCUACCAAUGUGUAGCGGAAGAGAUCGAAUCAAGCUCAUUCGUGAACUCCAGGGGAAUGCUCUUCUUGCACUUUGAUGUAGCGAUGUCUCCUUGCGAGAUGUCAAGGCGUUUUCAGGUAGAGAGGGUCGGCACCUAUGAGGAACUGGCAAAUACCACUUCCGCAAAGCUGGAUGAAUGCAAUAGCAAGAAGCUGAAUUGCCGGUGGCGGUACUGGGAUGCUGAAAACAAGACCAAGACACAGAUCUUCAACGCCCUUGCAAGUUUGGAACGGAUGCGCCUGGAGGGCGCCGGCGGGGCAUUGCAAAGCCUGAGGAAUGGCACCAUCUUUCAGGUCUUCAGUGGACUCUUCUACCUUCCGAAGAAGGCGUUCCAGCUCUUCAAGGCUGCGGCACAGAUCUUCAAAGAAUGGGAUCUACCCACUGAGAUUGCCGUGCCUAUGCUGCUGGCUUUGGCGGCCCAAGGGGAGCUUCAAAAUCUGGGCUGUGCACAGAAAGUGGGUGAGCGUGAGCUCCAUGCCAAGGGCUUUGUUUGCGGGCGUGGUAUUGAACGGAAUGUUCCUGCAAUGAAUACUCUGAAAGAACUGCUUUGCGCACCUUCGAAGUACCUCCGACCGCAGCUCCUAGCGAAGGGCAAGGUGCCGCCCAGGUCUGGCGCGAAGACGUCGACGCCGUCGCUGCGGGCGAAGGUGGUGUGGCAGAUGGUGCAGCCGGAGGACCUGGCGAGGAUCUUAUAUCGGCAAAGCGCUUGGAUUGCGGUGUUCUUGGUGUUUGUUCCCCCUCUCCUGUGGAUUUGCAUGCGAUUUCUACGACUCCGGCGCUGCAGUGGGCGAGCAUGA